AUGACAGAAGUGCAUAUUCCCAAAGGUCAAGCUGUGACCCCAGCAUCAUUACCAAGCAUUGCUUGGUAUGAGUUCCUUUUGAAUGAGAAAUUGCUGAAGGAGCAUCUCAGUCAGGAGAAUCCAGAUCCCACUCCUUGCCAGUUGAUUAUACAGUUCCUUCAGCAAGCAGAGGUAGAGAUGGCAGCGGUCAUUCAAGCUGCCAAUGAGAAGAAAGUUCCAGGACUGCCAGGGGCAGUUUCUAUACCUUUGAAUAAAGUGGAAGAAGAACCUAAGCCAAUAGAACCAACAAAAAAGGUGAAGGCCUUACGUCUGCUGGCUGUGAAAGUGGGAUGUUACCUCAGGUGGAAUCUUGCUGCAAUGGAAAAGGGAGUGCCAAUCCCCAUACUGCAAGCCUUGUUGAUCCAGCUGCUGCAGAUUUGUGUUCCUACUGUGAUAGACAACAUCCAUAACCCUGAUCUGGAGGUGUCCAGUCUCUCGGACCUGGGCUUGUUUGUGGUUCAUCUGUUCCAUCGAUGGUGUGUCCGCAGUGUUGUUCGUGACAGUUUUCCCACCAAGCCUGUCAAGCAAGCUUUUGUACCAGUACCUGGCCAGCUGGAUCCAAACAUUGUGAUGGCACAAGCCACAGACACCAUUAUCAGGAAGUUUAAGGAAGAGCUGCCAGCUUCCAUGAUCUUUCUGGAGAAUUGCCUGCUGGCUCUAGAGACGGACCACGGUAGUGCUAGCAUGCCGACUGCAGACUGCUUCGGGAUGCCCGGGGAGGAAUCAGAGCCUCAAUUGUUAUGGAAUAAUACUUCUAACGUGUCAGCGGAAGAAAUCACAUCCCAGAUCUGCUUUGAUCUCGGAGCUUUAUAUUUUUUCAAAGGGGAUUACAGGAAAGCCUUUGAAAAAUUCCGGGUGUGCAAGCAGCUGAAAAGUCAGCUGACAGAAGCUGUGUAUUGUUGGGUUGAUGAGAACCGUUUGCGAGGCUACCUCACCAGCUGCAGCUGUCUACUUGGAGUCAGUGCCGAUGUCAAGACUCCAAGUCUGUUUGACAGGGCUGAGCUUGCUCGCAAGAAAGAGUUUCAGGGAAUAGUGGAGAUUUUGUGUGAGGACAACCUGAGUCAGGAGUUGGACAUGUCUUACAGAGGCAACCUACAAGAUGAACUGUUGAGACGACGAAUGUUGGAUCUUCAUGUCAGUGUGUACCUGUGUAAUGUUGUACGAGCUGUCACGGAAGGAAAACCUCUGGUCUCUCCCAUUUUGGAAAUUGUGAAAAAUGCAGAUUCAAGUAGACUGGAGUUUCUCACUGAACUUCUGAGCCGUGGACUGAAGAAUUUAUCUGAGUCUCAGAAGUCACAUUUGAAGUGUUUUAUACUGCAUCUGAUAGAGCUGUUACCUGCAGGCAGUGCCUUCUCCCAGAAAGUUCUCUCUUCUGAUCUGGUGAGCCAUUUUAACAGAGCUGAAGUAGAGGAGCUAGCCACCGACGAUGUGGACAGCAACAACCAGUAUCUGCUCGAUGUCGGCAUGGAAGACGCCACGGCCAUGACCAACUUUCCUUCCACUAGAGAGUCAUCCUACAACGUCAGCGAUGUGGAAGGCCAGUUGUUGACUGUCUACGACCCAAGGCUCAUCAAGGAUAUACUUCUGGAGUUGUACGAUAACAGAGGACUCAAUGCAAUGCAGAUUAUCUCCCUUAAUGAUAAGUGGAAAGUGCCUAAGGAGCUGAAACAACUUCUGGAGUCAAAUAACACUGAUAAACUAAGAGAAUUUGACAAAAUCUACUUGUACGUGUUGAUUGCUAAAGCUCGUCACUGCAUGGAUUUGAGAAUUUAUGAGAGAGCACGUCAGUUGUUGCGGAUGGUGGAGUCCAUCUUGUCAGAUGUAUCAUUUGUGGCAGCUCGGCAGUCCAGCUGGCAGGUAUUGCUAAUGGAGCUCAACCAGUUUGAUUUCAAACACGUGGUCAGCGAUGGCCAGAACCUGCCCAGUCUGAUCCUGCAGUGCAAACAGUGUUUAACCGUCAUCAGGCUUGGCCAAGUGUUGAGCUGGUGGAGCACUGCUUGUGCUUUCCUGUGCAACAUGGCAGAGUGGCAGUAUCUCUCUGACCUCACUAACACAGCUGAUGGCUUUAUUGAGUUGUCCAGACUUCUGGCUGGCCUGGUCAGGGACAUCCAGCUGAAGAAGAAUGUCAGAAAACAAGCCCGCGACUUAUGGGACGCCGUGUUGACCAUUUACCAGCCAG